AUAUAAAUUAUUUGUAUUGUUACGCACUUUCUGUGUCAAACCUCGCUGAUAUUUUUCUCCAUGGGAAUGAGUGGAAGGUCCUCCUCUUCCUCCUCCUUGUCUAUGCGGUUUUUAAUUGCAGCUUUUAUUGUUUUUAGCUUAUCCCCUCAAUCCAUUUGUAACGCCACCCGGCCAAAGUGUACGUCUUCCUGCGGCCAUAUCCGCAAUAUAAGCUACCCUUUUCGACUAAAGGGCGAUCCGCGCCACUGCGGCGACUCAGGAUACACUCUGUCUUGUGAGAACAACAAAACCAUACUAAACAUAUCUUCAUCUGGCGAUUACUACGUACAGGCAAUCAACUACCAUAACCAAACAAUCCGAAUUGUCGAUCCAGGCCUUGACAAGAGCAAUUGCUCCUCCCUUCCUCUUCAUUCUCUGUAUCUUCCUCAUCGGUAUUUCCAUCAUCGGUAUUUCCAAAUUCCGACGACAACUGGGAAUUGUACAGCAUCAUCAACAGAUUCAUCAGCGAUAUGUACGGAAAUUGGCACAACAAAUUUAACAUUUUUCAAGUGUCCGCGUCCAAUGAAUUCAUCUCUUUACGUGGAUGCUGCUCCAUGUUUUCCUGUUCAAUCUGCUUCUACUUCAUCUUCGUCGAUGUCGUCAUCCCAACCAAAAUCGUAG